AUGUCUUCAGUAUUGUUGCUUUUAAUUGCUUUUAUUAGCAAAGUAUAUACCAUUCCUAUUUAUAAUUCAUGGACCAUAUCACCUGGUUCAACUUAUGACUCUUACAAGUUCAACGUACUUCAUCAUCUUACUGCUAUCUCUCCGUACUUUCAAUAUAAUUCUGAGGAAUUAAGUCCUGACUCUUCUGAAGGUUGCAGAGUCGACAAAACUGUUUAUCAGAUUUGUCAUGGUUCUGUUUACGUAAAUGAUAAUGAUUAUGAGCUGACUAUCGAACCAUUUUUGCAACUUCUCAAGAACGCGGCUGAUUCCGUCGACUUUUCCAAUGCGGAAGACUUAGCUUUCUUAACUCAUUGGACAUCACACAUUACGAACAGUGAGCAACAAGUCGCAAAAUUGUCUAAAUUUGGAUAUCUCGAGGCAUUUAGUGCAGGUAUUCGUCUCUCAUGUCGAUAUCCAGAUUUAAUGCCUGUAACAAAGAACGAAUCUUUCAAAGUGUGGGGAUCAGAUGCUAGUGGAACAAGGCGAAGCCCCGAUGCAAUAUUCGCAGGACUUUUUAGUGGACAUGAAACGAUUGGUAAAGUGGUUAUCAUUUCAGAAGAUAGAGAUCCAGGAGCUAAUACUUUAACGCCGACAAAAACUUGUUCCAAUUUUCGUACUUCGUCCGGUGCCAAACAAAUGGAGACUUGGCUUAAACAUUAUAUUUCACCGAUAUAUGUAUUGGCAAUGCAAGCACUGUGUGGAUAUGAGACUAUCAUUCGAAGUUCUUCGCAUUUUCAUGGGAUUUUUACUCCGGAAGAAUGGCUAUCCUUCGAAUAUUAA